AUGCCGACUAGCGGGGCUCCCUCAACGUAUCAGUACAGGAAGCACAGCAAGUCUUUCACCGGCUGCUGGACGUGUCGAGGGCGCAAAGUCAAGUGUGAUGAACGCCGGCCGAAGUGUAGCCAGUGCACACAGAAGGGAUUGGUGUGUGGUGGCUAUGAUGUCCGGUUGCAGUGGAUCACCCCCGAGACCGGGGACGGUUCUGAGGCCACGAACCCGCAGCUGAUGCCCGUCCCAAGCAGCCAUAGGAGCAGAAUAACCAUGGGCCCUCCACUGCCCGCGCUGUCACUUGAGAAGAUCGAUAACAUUAUACUCACACUUGACUCAUUUAAUCCCGAGGACUUAACAGCCACUGAAAAGGACAACGAUCGGUCUAGAUUUCUCAAAUGUUUUGGAGUCUUUGGCGCAGCGGAUGACCACUCUUCAGUCAGCCUGCUUAUGCAAUCAACAUCGUCGGCGCAACCUACCUCCAAUAACAUUGAUGUCACGCCAUCGCCUAACCACUCUUCCAGUCUCACGGAAAAUGCACAAUUUUCUCCACCACAGGAUAUUGAUAUUUCACUCCCGCUCACCACCUUUCAUGACAACCACAUCCUUGAUGGCUCAGACCCCUAUUUUGAUGACAUUUCCAUAGAUCAGGUUGACCUCGGUUGGCUAUUUGAUACCCAAAAUGCAAACUCGCUAUCGCAGGAUCUCAAUAUACAAUAUAAGACGAACGGGAUCUUCGGAAGUCCCUCAUGGCACGAACCCUUCGAGCCCAUCCCACGUAGCCCCCCUGUCUCAAACGGUAUAUCUCGACAAGAAAGGUUUCUGAUGUACCACUACACAAGCAAGAUUGUCAACCUUUUUGUGGUUUUGGAAAACGUGAAAAGUCCUUGGCAAACUAUCCAUAUACCGCGGGCUCUGCAGAGCGCAGGUGAACUUGUCGUGAUGGGCUAUUCGCCUCCAUCCAAAAAUGCACUGAGGAACGCCUUGCUAUCAAUCAGCGCAUUUGCCUUAUCAAAUGAGCACAAGAAUCAAGGCAGAUUUGAAGAUGGCCAGAAAUGGGCCGGCGUGGCAACGGGUUUUCGUGGGAUAGCUAUAAAGCACCUCAAGGAGGCCGUGCAAACCGGCUUCUUCAACGGAUCGCGACCCAGGUAUAAGGAAUGUCUUGCGACAAUGCUUUCAAUGAUCUCAAUAAACGUGAUGUCUGGCGAUACGGAAACGUGCGCCAUGCAUCUUGAUGGAGCAUACCGCUUGAUAAACCAAGCAAGAAGUUGGAAGAAGAAGUAUUCCAGCAAAGCUCAAGCGCUUCACCGCAUAUACUUCUUCCUGCGGACAGUUUAUGAAAGCACUAGGAUGAUACCUGCGACCGCUCAGAGUAGCAACAGCGACAGCCCCAUGCUGGAUUGGGGCACGUCAGCUGAGGCUAUAUCAGGUGUCCUCCCAGAGGAUGGCCCAACAUCGGCCGGCCGCUCGCCAUCUGACCAGUCUACAAAUGACAUGUGUACAUACGCACACAUCUACGGAGUGCCUCAUAGCCUACUGAUCCUACUAAACAGGGCCGUCGAGGUUGUCCGUAUGGUCAUGGAGGAGCGGGAGCAGACAAGAGUCCGAGGACUGUCAUCGGAUUUGGCGGCCAAGUGCGACGAGAUGGAAUUAAGUAUCGUGGAGUGGAUUUCCGAUCCAAUCAACGACCCUGCAUCUCCGGGAAGAGUAACUCCAACGAACUCGAUCAUCAUGGAGCACAUGACUCGAGCUUUCCACAACGCCAUCAUCAUCUACUUUGCACAGCAUGUCCGCCUACUCAAGCACCAGUACCUUCAGCCGUUCAUCACCAAGGUGAUCGAUAGCAUAGAGACCAUAGAAAGGAUCAAAGCAGAAGCACACAUCUUUGCCGCGCCACUCUAUUGGCCUGUCUUUAUAGCAGCGAGCGAGGCGUUUGAACCUGCUCUACAAGAGCGAUUCCAGAAAUGGUACAGGGAUGUGGAGAUAUACGGAAUUGGUUGUAUUAGGACGGGAACCCAAGUGCUGUCAGAUGUCUGGGAUAAAGGCCCGUGCCCAGGAGCCACGCUUACCAGUAUUUGGAGGAUGGUACUUGAGAGACGAGGCGAUAUCCUGUUGUUGAGUUAA